CGCGCGCGCCGGUCAGUGGCAAAAGGUGAGCGUUCCGUCCGCGUCGUCCCUGCAAGGCGCUGUGUUGUGCGCGUGCGCAUCCCGCCCCGGCGUCAGCGACGCGACCUAUAAUAUUAUAAAUUUUUUCGAAAAGAUGAUGCAUCUCGCACUGCAUUGAGUUUUCGUGUUUGGAGCGAUUGACUCUCGGGCUCGAGAACUGUUUACAAAUUAUUUUCGUUUUCUUUGUUCGCUCAUAACAAAGCAUUGAAAAAUAACCAAAAUGGUCAGUGGAAACAAGGAUCCAAGCGACCCUAAAAAAAUACCACCAAAAAAUCGUGAAAAGAAAAGCAAUAACUACAAGCGAGCGAACCCGGUGUCGAAAGCAUGGUUCGUGUGGAUGAUGCCGACGUUCUGGCGCGGCUACAAACGGGACCUCUACGACUCCGACCUCACUAAUCCCAAAGACGGUCAUCUCUCCAACAAACUGGGCGAUCGUUUGGAAAAGAAAUGGAUGGAAGAAAUCGCUUUAGCGAGCAAACAGGGCCGGAAACCGUCGCUUCUCCGCGCGAUGACCAAGGCAUUCUGGUUGAGCUACGCACCUUCCGGCAUCAUGUUUUUCAUUCAAGCACUCAUCCUCAAACCGUUCCAACCUGUUGCCUUGAGCAUGCUGCUUGCGUACUGGGAACCGGGCUCGACUAUGACGUACGAUCAGGCAGUGUACUGCGCCACGGCCGUCAUCAUGAUGUCCCUACUGAUCGCGUUCGUCAACCACCACGGCACCUACUCCACGCAGCAGUUUGGAAUGAAGGUCCGCAUCGCUGCCUGCUCACUCAUUUAUAGAAAGGUGAUGCGCAUGAGCUCCGGCGCGCUAGCACAGACAACGGCUGGACAGGUCGUCAACCUAUUGUCUAAUGACGUGAACCGCUUCGACUACGCGUUCAUCUAUACCCACUUCAUCUGGCUGCUGCCGCUGCAGGUCAUGCUCGUCUGCUACCUCAUAUACUCCAAGAUCGGCAUCGCAGCUGUCGUCGGCGUCGUUGGAAUCGUUCUACAAACCAUACCAGUUCAAUCAUAUAUGAGCAAGUUGGCAGCACGCUUGCGUAUGAAGACCGCUUGCAAGACCGACGAGCGAGUACGCAUUAUGGAUGAAAUCAUUAACGGCAUGCAGGUCAUCAAAAUGUACGCUUGGGAGAAACCAUUCGAAAAGGUCGUGGCGUUGGCUCGAAAAAACGAAAUUAAAUGCGUGACAUCGGCGUCAUACCUCCGCGGUGUCUACCUCAGCUUCAUGGUGUUUACGGAACGACUGACGCUUUACACCACGCUACUGUCUUACUCUUUACUAGGCUAUCAAGUUACAGCUGAUAUCGUAUUUCCUUUAGCGCAAUUUUACAACACUCUCCAAGGGACCCUUUCGAUUAUAAUGUCAAACGCUGUGUCGUUUUUGGCAGAAGCAUUGAUCUCUGUGCAGCGGCUCGAAGCGUUCAUGUUAUUUGAUGAACGUGAAGAUCUCCGAAGUGUCCCCGACGUUGAUAUUGCGAAGCUCGUACAAAGAGUUGAACAAAAGAAAAAUAAAAAUUUAGGAGAAAUAGAUCUUUGCUCGGAUACAUUUAAGAAAAUUGAUGAGGACGGAAUCUUUAACCCAGGAUUUGAAUGCAGCGAGAAAGGUUUAUUGAAUCAAGCGCUGGCUGCACUACCGUUGAGUCCUGAGUUGGGAAUACAGAUUCAAGAUGUGAGUGCCAGUUGGUCGGACAAGGGUCCAGUGACGCUACGUAACAUCAACCUGACCGUACCGAAAGGAAAACUUUGCGCUAUCAUUGGAUCCGUUGGCUCAGGAAAAAGUUCUAUUCUUCAACUUCUUCUAAGUGAGCUGAGAUCUACUCAAGGUCGCAUGCACCUCUCCGGUCCAUUAUCCUACGCCUGUCAAGAACCAUGGCUGUUUGUAGCCACCGUGCGGCAAAAUAUCCUGUUUGGCUUGCCUUAUAAUCCUAAGAAAUACAAAGAGGUAGUCAAAGUUUGUGCCCUGCAAAAGGACUUCCAACAAUUCCCGCAUGGCGAUCAAACACUAGUCGGCGAGAGAGGCGCCUCCUUGUCUGGAGGACAACGCGCGAGGAUCAACCUCGCCCGAGCGGUCUAUAGACAGGCGGACAUUUACCUGCUGGACGACCCGUUGUCGGCGGUUGACGCGCACGUGGGCAAGCAGUUGUUCAACGAGUGCAUCACCGGGUACCUGCGACACACCACACGCGUCCUAGUCACUCACCAGCUGCACUACCUCAAAGCAGCGGACUACAUCGUCAUCAUGAACAAUGGUUCAAUAGAAGCUAAAGGCUCGUAUGAUGAACUGAUUACAUCAGGGAAGGACUUUGCGGUACUACUCUCUUCACUGCAAGAUGAAAAUGAUACCAAUGAGAAUGAAAAGCCUCUGCCAAUGUCUCGGCGCACUUCUGCUAGGUUAUCGACAACUCGGCGACCGUCUCUAACCGAGUCUACCACUGGAUGCGAGAUACCGGCGCAAGAAAUGGAAGAAGAACAGCGAGAGUCAGGGUCUAUGGGCUGGCAUGUCUACGGCGCGUACUUGAGGGCUGGAGGAAAGAGUCCAAGAUUGAUAUUCAUGGUUUUACUUCUGGUCAUAGGACAACUAUCUGCUACAUUGUGUGAUUACUGGGUUACUUUCUGGACAAACGAAGUAACACGACAAAAGGAAAGGGAAACCAACAGUACUAUGAAUGAUUACGAUCGCCCACAAGCCACUGCAAACAGUACAUUCAGUAUUAUGGACUACUUUUCCGGCAUCGAAAUACAACCAGAUUUGAACAUUCACGCAUACAUCGGACCUUUGGACACUGCUCAGUAUCUAUACGUGUACACCGCUCUCAUCGUGUGCUGCAUCUUCUUUAUCACGGCCCGCGCGUUCAUGUUCUUCAAGGUCUGCAUGACGGCCUCCAGGAAUCUCCACAAUGAUAUGUUCCAUUCCAUGCUUCGAGGAGUCAUGCGUUUCUUUGAUACUAACUCUUCAGGUCGUAUUUUAAAUCGUUUCUCAAAAGACAUCGGUGCCCUGGAUGAACUAUUGCCACGGUUCCUACUGGAAUGCAUUCAGAUAUAUUUGGUGAUGUUCAGCAUCUUGGCGUUGAACGCAGCUGCGCUCGUGUGGACAUUACUCCCUACAACAAUAAUCCUACUCUUGUUCUACACCAUACUACAGAUAUACUUGAAAUCCGCGCAGUCCAUCAAGCGUUUAGAAGGAACAACUCGCAGCCCUGUCUUCUCUCAUAUGUCAGCGACACUCAACGGUAUUAGCACAAUUCGAUCGUCUGGAGCGCAACAGAGAUUGAUUACAGAGUUUGAUCGUUUCCAGGAUAUCCACACAUCGACGUGGAGCAGCUACCUGGCGAGCGGCGUGACGCUCGGCUUCUGGCUCGACUUCAUCUGCGUCCUCUACCUUACCAUUGUCAUCGUCGCCUUCCUCGUCAUUGACAGCAAAACAAUCUUUUCUGGCAACGUCGGCUUAGCGAUUUCUCAAACUCUCAUCCUAACGGGUAUGCUUCAAUUCGGCGUGCGCCAAACUGCAGAGGUGAUCUCACAGAUGACCAGUGUAGAACGCAUCUUACAGUACACUCACAUCGAACGAGAACCGCAGUGGGACAAAGGAGCAAAAGAAACACCAAAAGGAUGGCCGUGGCAAGGACGUAUUGAAUUCCGCAAUUGUUAUAUGAAGUACACACCUGAAGAUUUACCUGUUCUAAAAAAUCUGAACUUAGUUAUUGAAAAGGGCUGGAAGGUGGGUAUAGUGGGCCGCACCGGGGCUGGCAAGUCCUCUCUCAUAUCUUCACUGUUCCGGCUCGCAAUUGUCGAAGGAGAAGUCCUUAUCGAUGACCUGGACACAGCGCAUCUUUCGUUGCAGGCAUUGAGAUCGAAAAUAUCCAUCAUUCCACAAGAGCCUGUACUUUUCUCAGCGACAGUCCGCUAUAAUUUGGACCCCUUUAAUAAUUAUGAAGAUGAGCAACUGUGGAGCGCUCUGGAAGCCGUUGAUUUGAAAGCAGCAAUUCCAGCGUUAGAUUUCAAAGUGUCGGAAGGCGGGUCGAACUUCUCUCUGGGUCAGCGGCAGUUGGUAUGCCUCGCACGCGCCAUCUUGCGCGGCAAUCGUAUACUCGUACUGGACGAAGCCACUGCGAAUGUCGAUCCUAAAACUGAUGAAUUCAUACAGAGAACAAUAAGGAAAAAAUUCGCCGACUGCACAGUGCUGACCGUGGCUCAUCGCUUGAACACCAUAAUGGAUUCCGACAGGGUUAUGGUCAUGGAUGCCGGCAGAUUAGUAGAAUUUGAUCAUCCAUACCAUUUACUGAACAAUCCAAACGGUUAUUUUACAAAAAUGGUGCAAGAAACAAACGAAACGAUGUCCGCUCAACUUCAUCAAAUCGCCAAAAACACUUUCCUCGACAGUGGCGGGGUGAUAGAAUAAGAUAGUUAUUUUUAUAACGUAAAUAAGCAUUUAGGUAUAAGUUAUUCGAUGAGGUAUAAUGCAGUUAAAAGUUAGGUUCCAAAAAUAUUUACGAUUAUAAAUUAUGUAAAAAUACUUUUAAAGGAUUUGUUGUGUCGAAGUUCUAUGGAUAAAAACGGGUUGUGUAGCACGAUAUUUACCUUUAUGAAAAUCAUAAUAACCCAGCCCACAAGUUAUUCAAUGUUUUAGAAUAAGUUAAAUCUUGGGCAAUGUUAAACGGUAUUAAAAUGCCAAUGGAAGCGUGUAAAGCGCCACCAAAAGUUAUGAACAAAUCCUGGUUUUUAACUUGAUCUUGAAAUUCCUUAACGUCAAAUAAUAUUGAACUAUUACUACGUUGUCUUAAUUGCUGAGAAAUAAUGUUUUCAUAUUGUAAUAGAAUUAUUCAGUUGUUGUAAAUAGAACUUUGUUUUUUUUUUAUUUUAUCUGGACGUGAAUGAAUAAAUGUAUGGAAUUAGAUAUAGCAAUAAACUAUUAAUUAGGUACAGUAAUAUAAGAAAUUAUGUUAUUUAAUUUAUUACUAUUACCAUUAAUUACGAUUUUAAUAAGUACUGAAAAUGAUAGUUGUGAUUGCCAUAGAGGUUAACCUCGAACAAAAUAAAUGUUAAGCCUAUUAAA